GCACUCGCGACCUCCGUAACCGUUCAACGUUCAACAGCAAGGACCUUCCAGCAGCCAUUGAUAUCUUCUCUCUUUCCACGUCUUUCCCCGUUAACUCAGUCUUCUCCGCCUUUCUCUCAGACUUCUCGGCUUGCGAUUCAAACAAUCGCGAGGCGGCAUCGUUACCAAACACAGCCAAAUGCACGUUGCAGGCGCCUAACAGGGUCUGGGCGCUGUUGGUUAGCGACGCUUUUGUUCCGACUAAGGUAGUCGUUUUUGUCUCCUUCUUCCAGGGGCCUGGUACAAAGGACAAUGGCGGACAUGCACAAAAGGCGAGCGAUGCAGUAUUGCAUACUAAAGACUUGCUGGCCAGUCCCUCUCUCGUUCUCAACGCUCUCUGCGACUCGAUCGCGCCGACAAUCCCUCAACUUCAUCCACUGCAUAUCAUCACUUAGACUUUCACGACGCUCACGAUGAAUUCCUUGUUUGCUAGCAACCGCAUUUUGCCCACACUCAAACGCCGCUCGCGGCAGAGUAAACCAGACGUCCACAUUACGCCGACGCGGGGUACGUCGCUCGAUAUUCUCCCCGAACUCGAGGAGGAGGAAGAGGUACAGCCGCGACCGUCCUGCUCGUCUACACACUCCAUGCCAGCCCACGCCCGCAAUCUCAGCACGACUCCCAGCCGCCUCUGCGUCAACGUUGAGGACGCCGCAGAGCGCAAGCGCAGCUCGCGUAGGGUCGUCCUCACCGGCGCUGAGGGCCUCACGUUUGAUGACUUUUUCCCUGCCUCUGGUGCCCCAAAGCCGCCGCGACCGGCUCCUGCGCCGCCCUUGUACGACUCCAAGGACAAUCGCACCGCGGGUGAGUCUCCACUAGACAGCAUCGAUCUGCGCUUCUCCGGCCUUGGCAUCUCUCUCGACUUCCCCUCGCCGCCUCCCGAGCGUGUCAGCAUCAGCACAUCCCCAUCGCAGUCCCCACUCGCCGCGCGCCGACGCGGGCACUCGCCGACACCGAGCGUGGCCAGCACGGUCACAUCUCGCGCCAGUUCAAGCUCGGGUUCGAGUGCGGGCCUCGGCUCUCCGCGUCCCAGGCGCGACUUGAUGACACCACCCACCUCUGACGACGACUCGCUCCCGACGACCCCGACGCGCCCGCACCUGAUGCGCGCGCCGACGUGCAAGUCUCACCGCGCGUCGGUCCUCUUCGCCAAGUCGAUGCCGGACCUCAGCAAGCCUGCCGUGGAAUCAGACACUGAAUCGGAUGUGGAGUCGGACGUGGAGUGGUACGCGCGCGACAUUAGCGACGUCGUGAUGCUGUCUACGCCGCUGCCACCGUCGUUCCCUACCGCGCUCGUCGCACUAACGAGCAAAGACCCAAAGGCGCGCCCAGACUCGAUCAUGCCCGUCAAGCACAGUCGCCUCAGCAAGCCUCUGCCGACAGUGCCCCGGUUGUCCAUCCAGACCUCAGACGCACCUGCGAAAACCAGCCCCAGUGCACAGCUUGACCCCACCUUUACGCAGGCCCGUCGCCGCCGGUCGUUCCUCAUCCCGGACAGGCCGCCCCCGCCUCCUCCUAUCCGCAUCACUCCCUGCUCCGCUUCGUCUCCAUCGCCUUCCUCGUCCCUGAGCCCGACCGCCUCGGAGAUGGAGGCAUGCACGGAGGAGCUACUCGCCGAGCUUGCGAGCGCCGCGCUGAACAGCGGUUUCCUCGGCACCGGUCUUGCCGCGCCGUACACUCCUCCAUGGAGCGCAGGCACGGCCCCGCCGACGCCCAACAGUGCUUUCGUCGUUCCACACUCGGCCCGGCCGCCACCGCGGAUGUCCUUGCCUAUGGACAUCUGGGAUGACCUCGUCGAGGACGAGCCUGCGCUGCCGGAGCUGGUCGUCGACUCUUCUGCGUCGCCCGAGAGCGAGCUGCCCGCGACACCGCAGAGCGUGUCUACGUACUCGCAGCUCAGCGGACGUGGAGCAUGGUCUUCUUCGCCUGUCUCGUCGUUCUCAUUUGAUGUCUCCUUCGUCGACGGCAGCACGCCCGUCGCAGAGGAGGCCGACGCCGACCUCCCCACGGCGCCCGACAGCCUCGACGGCGCGACGUUCGAGCAGGAGCGCGUGCUGCGCUCGCGCUGGUCCUCGAGCACGCUCGGCUCGCAGGUGCAGGCCGAGCGCGAAUCGUUCGGCUGGAUCUCGCGCCUCACGCUCUCCCCGGUGAAGAAGGGCAAGCGUGCCUCACCCGCGUUCCCCUCGCCCAAGUCGCCCACGAGUGCGAAGACCAUGUCUGCGUUCGUCCUCCCAAGCCCGCGCUCACCGACGCGCCCUGCGAACCCCAAGCGCUACGGCUACGUCGACGCACCUGCGCACGGGCACCCCCGCUUGGAGAGGCGCGGGAGCCGUGCGUCGCGGAUGAGCGACAGCAGCGCAGAUAGUGGGUGCUCGAGCCGAAGCGAGGGUUUGAGGAGGAAGCCAAUCCCUGUGGAGAUGUUCAUCCGUGCGUAGGCUCCUCUGGCCAUGCACCGCUCGCGACGACCCACACGACCGCACAACGAUACCACCAUGCUCUUUCCUUUCUUUGAUUCAAGAUGACUGACUGUAUCUGUAUCUCCGGCGCCCUCGUCCGAACCCAGUCGAGGUGCGCAACACCCUUGUAUUAUUUAUCGCCACUCCUGUAGCAUUCGCAUUCGAGCUAUGCCCCUUGAUAUAUCCUUUCCCUCCUGCAUCGUUUCGCUCGGAACAAUAACACCUGGGUCGCUGGAUUGAUACCGCGCCCGACAUUAAUACGGUCGUUUCUGCUGUGUCCUACAACAUCUGUCUCCAUAGCUAUAACCUGGAUAAUGCAUUGUCUUUUGUCACGUCUC